GCCGCGGGGUCCGGCCGCGCCGGCCCGCGCCGCAUCCCGGGACCAUGAGCUUCUUCGGGUUCGGGCAGAGCCCGGAGCUGGAGCUGGUGCUGAGCGACGCCGAGAGCCGGCGGCGGGUGGAGCACAAGACGGAGGAAGGCAAGAAGGAGAAAUACUUCCUCUUCUAUGACGGCGAGACCGUGUCGGGCAGGGUGGUCCUCACCCUCAAGAACCCCAACAAGCGGCUGGAGCACCAGGGAAUCAAAGUGGAGUUCAUCGGGCAGAUCGAGCUCUACUAUGACCGAGGGAACCACCACGAGUUCGUGUCCCUGGUGAAGGACCUGGCCCGGCCUGGGGAGUUCACUCAAUCACAAACGUUUGACUUUGAGUUCACACAUGUGGAGAAACCUUACGAGUCCUACACGGGGCAGAAUGUGAAGCUAAGGUAUUUCCUCCGUGCCACCGUGAGCCGCAGGCUGAACGAUGUGGUGAAGGAGAUGGACAUCGUUGUGCACACUCUGAGCACCUACCCCGAGCUCAACUCCUCCAUCAAGAUGGAAGUGGGCAUUGAGGACUGCCUGCACAUCGAGUUCGAGUACAACAAGUCCAAGUACCAUCUAAAAGAUGUGAUUGUGGGGAAGAUCUACUUCCUGCUGGUGCGGAUCAAGAUCAAGCACAUGGAGAUUGACAUCAUCAAGAGGGAGACAACGGGCACGGGGCCCAACGUGUACCACGAGAACGACACCAUAGCCAAGUACGAGAUCAUGGAUGGGGCACCUGUGAGAGGGGAGUCCAUUCCCAUCAGGCUCUUUCUGGCUGGCUAUGAGCUGACUCCAACCAUGAGGGACAUCAACAAGAAGUUCUCUGUGCGUUAUUACCUCAACCUGGUGCUGAUUGAUGAGGAGGAGAGGCGCUACUUCAAACAGCAGGAGGUGGUGCUGUGGAGGAAAGGGGACAUCGUGAGGAAGAGCAUGUCCCACCAGGCGGCCAUCGCAUCGCAGCGCUUCGAGGGCAGCUCCUCGCACGGCGAGGCCAAGGCCCCCGGGCAGCCCGCGGACAACAACGGCCGCCAGUGAGGCCGGGGGGCGCCGGGACCCCCCAGCACCGCGGGGCACCAGGGACCUCACCGAGUAAACCCGGAUUGGACUGCAUUCCUUCCUUCCUUCGGAGGGCUGGCGGGGUGGGACGGGGCGGGAGGGCUCGGCCAGCUGCAGCGGAGGCACCGUGGCACUGCCCAGUCCAUCCAUUCCUUGGGGGCCGUGGCUGCUUGGAGGCCAUGCCCGAGCUCCUGAUCUCCUCCUGGUCUCCUCUGUGUCCCGAGAGCUCCCAGGGGCUGUGGGGAAGGAGAGAGCGAGGGGAGGCCCAGGCUGCCGUGUGCAGGGUGCUUUGGGCUGUGCAGGAUGGAUGUUUGCCUUGCCUUUUGGAAAUCUUGCCUGGUGAUGAGCUGGAUGGAGGUCCCAGCAGAAGGAGCUAGAGGAGGGAUCAGAGACUGGUGUGACCUGCUGGAAACCUUGUGGUGUCAUCCCCUCGCUGCUUCCCCUUCUUCCUCUUCGUGCUGGCGUUGGAUUCCUUGCCUCAAGCAGCUGGAUGCUGGAGGUGACUCAGCCCUGGGACUGCCACCCAGCCACGUGGAGCACGGGCUGUGUCCCACCAGGAGCUGGGGCUGGUAGGAGGGAGUGAGAUGUGGCUGCAGGAGGAGGUGCCAUGGCGUGGGCAGAGCGGUGACGGUCCCAGUGCUCAUGGGUGGGCAACAAAAUGGGGCCAGGAAGGCUCCUGGCCACGAGCUGUGCCUUCCUUCUCUUGUCCUGAGAUCCACACUCGGCUGCUGCUCUCGUGCAGGUGCUGCUGCAGGGAGGUGUGGAGAGCAGCUCUGGAGCUCCUGGGGGCUCUCCUGUGGGUGGGUUUGUGCUGCCCAUGCUGCCCUGCCUGUGUCUGUGUCCUGGGGACAGGGCAGGCUGUGUGUGGGGAUGGACAGCAGUGUGGGGACGCGUGCAUGCGGUCUGGUUUGCUGAGGUUUGCUGCCUCGUGCCUGCAGGAUGAGGGUUAGCGGGGACAGAAGGGGGAUGCAGUUGUUGUGGGGGGCUCAAACAGGCCAGUGUGGGCUGCUGGAAGGAGCCAAGCAGCACCUGGAAGGGUGGCAGAGCUCUGAUUCCAGAGACACAUUCCUGAGGCCUGAGCUGAAGUCACCAGCGAGGUCUGAGAGCAUGCAGUGAGCUGAGAACCUGAAUGUGGGUUUUCUUUUUUUUUUAAAUAAGCUGCUUUUAGCCUUCAGCUAAGUAGACUCAUGAGCACAUUCCCAGAAGGAAGUCACUCCUCCAUUAAAAAUCAGAUGUGGCUUUGUAGACUUGAUUGACUGAGUUUGGAGGAUGUCCCUCCUGUUCAAGCAGGUGGUGACACCUCCUACCCCAGGGAGAGACCAGCCUGCACCAAGUGCUGGGAUAUGAGCUCUGUCAAGUGGGAUUUGUCUGGAUUUCCCUGAAUUUGUGGCUUGUUAGUUUGUCCAGCUUCCUUUUGGCUCUGGAAUCAAGUUCCUCUGUCCUACAGCUGAGUGUGGAGCGGGUGUCUGGGCAAUGGAAGUGUCUGCUGUGUUCAGUGGAACGGUGCUGGUGGAGGGAGUGGGGCUGGGGUGGGAAGGGGGAGCUUUUUCUGUAAUGACAGCUACUGUAUUUCAGUGAUAAAUGUGUGUUUCUGCUUGCCAAAGUCAGUUAUCUUUUCCUCACCACGUGUAAGGUUGUGGUUUGUAGUAGAGCUGGCCAGUCUCGCUCUGUAGAGGACACUGAUGCUCUCCUCUCUGCUCAGUGCUUGUGUCACCCCCUGGUUCUGCUGUGCCCCACUGAGGACCUGGCUUGCUUGUCCCCCCACGGGGAGUCUGUGCCAUGGGCUGGGCCCUGCCUUCCCAAGGCUGGGGCAAAACCUCCCUGCAAACAACAAUCAGCCUGCUGUGCCAGGGCAGGGCUGGGCACCUCUGCCAUGGCAGGGACCCUGGGUGGCACUUGGGACACUCCUCCCUCCCUCCCUCCUUCCCUGGGGGGAACUGGCUGUGCUGCAGCCAGGCACAAUCCUUGAGGGACAAGUGAGGCUCCUUUGGGAGCUCUUGGGGAUAGCAAAGUGUUCUAAGGGGAACUGAGCACAGCAGUGCCCUUACAAUCUUCUUCAGCUUUCCUUCAGCUCCCUCCUUGCCUUUAUUCCUUUAUUCCUUUAUUCCUUUAUUCCUUUAUUCCUUUAUUCCUUUAUUCCUUUAUUCCUUUAUUCCUUUUUUCCUUUAUUCCUUUAUUCCUUUAUUCCUUUAUUCCUUUUUUCCUUUAUUCCUUUUUUCCUUUAUUCCUUUAUUCCUUUAUUCCUUUUUUCCUUUUUUCCUUUAUUCCUUUACUCCUUUAUUCCUUUAUUCCCCUGGAUUGUAGGCCAUGUAGAAGGAAAGAAACCCCCUGGAUGGAGAUGUCUCUGCAUUCCAGGAGUGGUUUUUUCCUGCCUGACUGGGUGUGAGAUCAUUGCCUGGCUCUAAGGAGGUGGCUGUUCAACAUCUGCUCAUCCCUCCUGGAGGGUUCCUUUGGAAAAGGUGCAUGAGCCUGUGCAUUGAUUGAGCCUGUACAUUGAUUGAGCCUGUACAUUGAUUGAGCCUGUACAUUGAUUGAGCCUAUACGUUGAUUGAGCCUAUACAUUCAGUUGGGGGAUUUUUUCCUACCCCAUGUCCCUGUGUGUGGAACCAGGAUUCAGAAGUGACCCCCGUUUUUACUGAAUCUGAAGGACCAUUUCCAGCCUGUUAGCACUGGGCCCUGUGUUUGUGUGGGGUGGAGCAGAUGUGCUGAGCAUCCUUCGAGAGAAGCUGGGCUCACUGCAGGACAAGGCACUCCAGAGCAGUGUUCUGUUAGCAUGUCCAGGGGCACUCCUGUCCCCCUGAGCUGGUGGUUCUGUGCUGUACUUGGCUCAUUCCCUCCCUCCCAGGCUGAUGGGAGUGGGCAAGUACCAAACCAAGCAGUGCAAGUUGUAAUUAAGCCUCUGCUGUGUUUACAUGUUUCUUAAUUCGUCGUCUUUUCAAUGGCUGUAUUUUAAAACUUGGGUUUUUUUGUCUCUCCAAUUAAAAAGAGCCAGCCCUGGCUGUCAAAUGCUG